UUAGGACUAGGUUUAAUUUCUUUUUCUCUGAAACAGACCCUAGUUGUACAAGAAAUGUAGAUGACACACCCACUAAAAAUCAAUGCAAACUACACACUAUGCAAUACACACAGAACAAACAGCAGACUAUAAAUAAGGGUGAAUGUAGACAUUGGCCACAGAGAGGUUUCAAACAGCCUCCUUCAAAUGCUCAUGCUUGAGCUACUACUGCUAAUCUCCAUGCCCAUUCAGGCAGAGGAGUUAGUUUGCAAGCGAUUGGGCAGGGCAUUGUUGCCUGAGCUGGCCAAGGAUGGUGACUUCAAGAUUGGAGGCAUCUUCAACUUUCGCACAGGGCAAGAUGGACAAAUGUUUACAUUUCAGAGUUUACCAGUCCAAGCAAAGUGCAAGACUUUCAGUUACAGGGAGGUCCAGUUUGCCUUCACCAUCAUCUUUGCAAUAAAGGAGAUAAAUAAAAACUCUAAUAUUUUACCAAACCACACACUGGGAUACAAAAUCUACAAUGCAUGUGGUUUCCCGAAUAUCAUCGAAUCAGCAGUCGCACUGUCCAAUGGGCAAAGACCUGUUAUCAGUGACGGCAACUGUACCAAGGCAGACACUGUUCAUGCCAUAAUAGGCAACUCAGCAUCCACUCCAACCAUGGGGUUUGCAAGGAUUAUUGGUCGGUUUAAUAUUCCUGUGAUCAGUCAUUUUGCCACCUGUGCUUGCCUGAGCAGCAGAAAAGACUACCCUUCCUUCUUCAGAACCAUUCCCAGUGAUUACUAUCAGAGCAGAGCACUGGCUCAACUGGUCAAGUACUUUGGCUGGACCUGGGUAGGGGCUAUAAGCAACAAAUUUGACUAUGGAAUGAGUGGAAUCGCCACAUUUAUCACAGCAGCCCAGGAGGAAGGGGUGUGUAUAGAGUACUGGGAGACCUUUACGAGCACAGAUCCUGCGAGUGCACAAGCGCGAAUAGUGAACAUUAUAAAACACUCCACAGCAAAAGUGAUAAUGGCCUUCAUGUCCCAGGUAGAGAUCAAAGUGUUAGUAGAUUUACUGUAUAAGCAGAACAUUACAGGACUGCAGUGGAUUGGCAGUGAUGCCUGGAUCACAGACAACACUCUUACUGAGAGUCUGGGACACACUGCUCUGAUUGGCUCGGUAGGAUUCACAGUUCCCACAGCAAAAAUUCCUGGUCUGGGCCCUUUUUUACAGGAAGUCAACCCCUCUCAAUUUCCUGAAAGCACAUUUCUUAAGGAAUUCUGGGAAAGCGUGUUCAACUGCUCAUUGACUUCAAGAGCAGGCUGGAGAACAUGUGAUGGCUCUGAGCAUUUUAAAAAUGUAAAAACAUUCUUUACUGACGUGUCUGAUCUGAGGUUCACCAACAACGUCUACAAAGCCGUUUAUGCAGUGGCCUAUGCUCUACACAAUCUGCUGUCAUGCAAGGAAAACAAGGGCCCGUUUAUUAAUGGGACCUGUGCUAACCCCUCUGACCUACAGCUGUGGCAGGUCUUACACUAUCUGCAAACUGUAAACUACAGCAUGGAAAGUGGUGAAACUGUGUUUUUUGACAACAAAGGUGAUUCUCCUGCAAGAUACGAACUGAUAAACUUGCAAAAGGCCACAAAAAGCACAAUGGAGGUGGUCACCAUAGGCUACUAUGAUGCAACCCUGCCCAAGGCCCAACAGUUUUCCAUGAACAACAUCAGCAUUGUUUGGGCAGGAGGCAGACAAAAGGUGCCGGCAUCUGUGUGCAGCGAACACUGUCCCCCAGGGACCAGGAAGGCUUUACAGAAAGGAAAGCCAGUCUGCUGCUAUGAUUGCAUUCCAUGCCCUCCAGGAGCAAUUAGCAACACAACAGAUGCAUCUGACUGCCUGAAGUGUCCAAUGGAGUAUUGGUCAAACCACAGAGGCGACUCGUGUGUCUUAAAGGAGGUGGAAUUCUUACUGUACACAGAAACAAUGGGGAUUAUUCUGACCGUUUGUAGCAUAUUUGGAGCAUUUUUAACAACAGUAAUAUUUGCAAUUUUCUUUCACUACAGAGAGACUCCCAUUGUCAGAGCAAACAACUCAGAGCUGAGCUUCCUGUUGCUUUUCUCAUUGACUCUAUGUUUCCUCUGUCCACUUACAUUUAUUAGUCGGCCCUCUGAGUGGUCCUGUAUGCUGCGUCACACAGCGUUUGGGAUCACCUUCGUCCUCUGCAUCUCCUGUGUUCUGGGGAAAACAAUAGUGGUGUUAAUGGCUUUCAGAGCUACACUUCCAGGCAGUAAUGUCAUGAAAUGGUUUGGGCCUCCACAGCAGAGACUCAGUGUUCUUUCUCUCACUCUCAUACAGGUCCUAAUUUGUGUGUUUUGGCUAACAAUUUCUCCCCCUUUUCCAUACAUGAACAUGGAUUAUUAUCAAGAAAAGAUCAUUUUAGAGUGUCGUUUAGGUUCAGCAAUAGGUUUCUGGGCUGUGCUGGGUUAUAUUGGACUUUUGGCUCUUUUGUGUUUUGUUUUAGCUUUUCUGGCUCGGAAGCUGCCUGAUAACUUUAAUGAAGCCAAAUUCAUCACAUUCAGCAUGCUGAUAUUUUGUGCAGUCUGGAUCACCUUUAUUCCAGCUUACAUAAGCUCUCCUGGAAAAUUCACUGUAGCUGUAGAAAUAUUUGCCAUUUUGGCCUCAAGCUCUGGUUUGCUAUUUUGUAUAUUUAUUCCAAAAUGCUACAUUAUACUUUUCAGGCCAGAUGAAAACACUAAGAAACAUUUAAUGGGAAAAAGCCCACAUUAAUUGUGAUAUACUGUAUGAAAUACCCCAAAAAUAAGGGGGAGGCACAGUAUAAAAGGUUAAGUACCCCUGCCAAAAAACAUAUUCAAUUACAUAUUUACAUCAAUUACGAAACAUUUAAAGUCAAAUUCAUAGUGUCCCCAGAAUAAUGGGGAUAACUGAACUGUGUUUCCUCUAUAUACUUACUAUUAUCGGUCAGCCUUAAUGGUCCUGUAUGCUGCAUCACACAGUUAUUUGGGAUCACCUUUGUUCUCUGUAACUCCUGUGUAAAUAAGAGCUUUUAAAACAUUUACUGUAAAACGUGUAUUCAUUAAUACUAUGGAUGAUUGUGAAACAUUUAAAUCAGUUUAAUAUAAGCUGUCAGAGGCCUACAAAUAACUUCUUGUUCAUAUCUAGAAAUAAACUUUGGCAACAUUACCAUCACAAAA